UCCAUCUUUGAAAAUUUCAAAGAUUUUGGAGGGACAAUACCAAGAACGACGGCAGCAGACCACCGUGAAUCUCCACCAAUGUCAUUCACCACCACCAGAUCUUCUUCAAGAUCCUCCACCUCCCCCUUCCGCUCCCGAAAGUCAUCGGACCCACCACCUGACACCACUCGCCGGACCACCAAACCCCCGGCAACUAAACCCUCACAACCUCCUCCACUUUCUUCUUCUUCUUCUUCACACAAAGUUAAAGAAAAUGUCACUGUCACCGUCAGGCUUCGUCCCCUCAAUUCAAGGGAGAUUGGGAAAGGGGAUGAGGUGGCAUGGUUUGCUGAUGGAGAUUACUCCAUUCAGAAUGAGUUUAAUCCCGCUUUUGCUUAUGGAUUCGAUAGAGUGUUUGGGCCUGCAACGACUACCAGGCAAGUUUAUGAUGUUGCGGCUCAUCAUGUUGUGAAUGGCGCAAUGGAAGGAGUUAAUGGCACGGUGUUUGCAUAUGGUGUGACUAGCAGUGGAAAGACUCAUACAAUGCAUGGUGAGCAAAAGUCGCCUGGUAUCAUUCCUUUGGCCGUGAAGGACGUGUUUGGAAUUAUACAAGAGACGCCUGGGCGGGAGUUUCUGCUACGUGUAUCUUAUCUGGAAAUCUAUAAUGAGGUCAUAAAUGACUUGCUUAAUCCAACCGGGCAGAACUUAAGAAUUCGAGAAGAUAGCCAGGGGACUUAUGUUGAGGGAAUCAAGGAGGAAGUUGUUCUGUCGCCUGCUCACGCUCUUUCACUAAUCGCAUCCGGGGAAGCACAUAGGCACGUUGGGUCAAAUAACUUCAACUUACUCAGCAGUCGUAGCCAUACUAUAUUUACCCUGAUGAUUGAAAGCAGUCCGUGUGGAGAGAAUAUGGAAGAGGAAGUAACCUUGUCACAGCUGCACUUAAUUGACCUUGCGGGAUCUGAAAGCUCUAAAACUGAAACAACUGGAAUGAGGAGAAAAGAGGGUUCAUACAUAAAUAAAAGCUUGCUUACUCUUGGCACGGUGAUAUCUAAAUUAACCGAUAGUAAGUCUGCACACAUUCCUUAUCGGGAUUCAAAGCUCACACGAUUGCUGCAAUCUUCCCUAAGUGGUCACGGACGAGUUUCCCUCAUAUGCACCGUGACUCCUGCAUCAAGCAACACAGAGGAAACACACAAUACGUUGAAGUUCGCACAUCGUAGUAAGCAUGUGGAAAUAAAGGCUUCUCAGAAUAAGAUUAUCGAUGAGAAAUCACUCAUCAAGAAGUACCAGAAGGAAAUUUCCAGCUUAAAACAAGAGCUUCAGCAGUUAAAGCGCGGUAUGAAGGAGAAUUCGUACAUGAUGGCACCGAACCAAGAGGAUCUCGUUAACAUGAAACUUCAGUUGGAAGCUGGACAAGUCAAAUUACAGUCAAGAUUAGAGGAAGAAGAACAAGCUAAAGCAGCUUUGAUGGGAAGGAUUCAAAGAUUAACGAAACUAAUUUUGGUCUCAACGAAGAACACGAUGGCGUCAAAUAUACCCGAAAAUCCAGAUCAUCGAAGGAGACAUUCAUUUGGUGAAGAUGAACUAGUAUACUUGCCGGAGAAAAAACGGGGGAUCUUUAUUGACGAUGAUGCCGGAAGCAUCGAUUCCGAGGUGUUGGAAAACGGGAAGUCUGAUGUGGCGAAUCUUGACGAGCUGGUUAAAGAUUUCAGGAAGAACAGAAGAAAAGGCAUGCUCGGGUGGUUCAAACUAAAGAAGCCUGACCAUGUAUCCGGUUUAUCACCACAUACUGAUCAUGAAAGCUCGACAAGUGAUUCACCUACGUCUUCCAGAUCAUCAAAAAGUAAAGCUGUGUUUAGUGAUACGAGAGAUGGAGUUCGUAGUUCGGUUGGAAGAAAAGCGGAUGACGUGGCGGUUGGUGAUUUACUUCUGCAAAGAACACAAGCAGGCGACUUGUUUAGUGCAGCUGCUAGCGGUCGCCGCUUACCUCCGACAGGAACGACUAUUACCGACCAAAUGGACCUUAUUCACGAACAAGUGAAAAUGUUGUCUGGUGACCUGGCACUUUGCACUAGUUCCUUGAAGAGACUUUCGGAACAAGCGGUUAAUAGGCCCGAAGACUUGCAACUUCAGGAACAAAUGCAGAAGCUAAAAAACGAGAUUAAAGGAAAGAAAUCUCAGAUACGUCUACUGGAGCAACGAAUGAUCAGUUCCGUUGAAAUGAAUCCUCAUAACUUAAAAGGCCUUGAGACAUCUCAGGUUCCCUCCAAGCUUGUUACUCAACUAAAUGAGAAAACAUUUGAACUUGAGAUAAAAACAGCAGAUAACAGGAUUCUACAGGACCAGUUACAAGUGAAGGUAUCCGAGAACGCUGAAAUGCAACAGACUAUUCUUUUAUUGAGGCAACAGUUGGAGUCGUUUAUGGCGGACAACGAAUCGAGCCCUCGACGAAAAAAGUAUAUUAACGAAGAAAAAUACGCUAACGAAAGUACACCAACUAGUGUUAUGAGUUUGAACAAAGUAUUCUCACAAGAGGACUCCAUACAUGGAAGUGGUGAUACAUUUCUUAAUUCUCAGCUUCUAAUGCAGGCGACUGAGAUAGAGACGUUGAAGAAAGAGAAGGCGCAGAUCGCUGAAGAAAAAGACGGGCUUAUGAUAUGCAGCCAGAAACUCGCUGACGAAGGUUCAUACGCGAAGGAGCUUGCUGCCGCUGCAGCGGUCGAGCUUAGAAACUUAGCUGCGGAAGUAACAAAACUUUCCUAUCAAAACGCCAAACUCAACGCUGAGCUGGCGGUUACCAAAGAAGCCUACGAAAACUUAUGUAAGAAGAAUAAUGAUAUCGGUUCUCGUCAAGACGCAUGUGUGAAAAAACCGGAAGACGGUUUGCUUGUAGAAGAGUUGCGGAAAGAGCUCAAUGCAAGACACCAGAGAGAAGCGUCGUUGGUUGGUGCGCUUUCGGAGAGAGAUAAGUUGGAAAGCGAGCUACGAAAAAGACUAGAUGCUGCGAAACGACACGAGGAGGAUUUGGAAGCUGAGCUGGCAAACAUGUGGGCCCUUGUUGCAAAGCUGAAGAACCCUGCUAGUUCGGAAAAUAUCUUGGCUGAUCAAUCGUCAACUGUACGAUGCAAUGUAAUUUUCCAGGAAGAUGCCGAGACUCAGUCGCUUAACGAUAUAAGACGUAUGUAUGAUAAAGAAAAAGAAAUGUGUCGGGAACUCGAGCGUUAUGUUUCAAGAUUGAAGGGUGAUGAUAUUGCUGAUCUGGACAUUAAUUCACUGGAGGAGCUCCAAAACCUUAAUGUUGAGGCGAUAACCAAGAUAUGUCAUGCAAAGGCAUCAUACAGGUGAGGAUGCUAUGUCGAGAUGUCCAAUCAACUACGUGCAAGCAUUUGCGUAUAAAAAGCUAAAAAACGUCACGAGGCGAUAUUUGUUUAGCUAGCUGCGGAAAUCUUUUUGUAAUAGAUGUAUUUAUUUCUUCAAAAUUUCCAUGUACUCAGAAUGUACAUUGUGACUACUAAAAGUUACAUCUUGUAACGACUGAUUAUUAUGUAUUUACUCGCACAAUAUAACAAUUAUUUCAUCCGAGUCUGGAACCUUUUUAUU